GGGUAAAGGCAAGUUCCUAUGGAAAUUUUAUUCAAAAUGGUGGCAGAAUUGACCUUGACAAAUUCUUUGAGUUCAGAUGGUGUCAAGGCCAAGACUCGGGCUGCGUCAUUACAAAGCGAGGCCAAGGCCUACAAAAAUCAGCCUCAAGGCCGGCCUCAAGAAAUCCAGCACUUCACACAUGCACCCACACCCACCAUCUGCCCACACGUACAUGUACAUUACAUGCCUAAUGUGACUCGGUGAAAUUAAUCAUUAUUUUGAACCUGGCACGUGAUUUUCACUGACUUUUGCAAAAGGUUUUCCUGACUGGUCCUCCUCCCUUUACAAUGGAUAAAAAUCCCCAAAUGCCUCAAACUUCUUUUUCAGAGAAGAGCUAAAGUCCUGUGGACAUGGAAGCUGUGUUGGUACAUGUAGCACUCCGUGGACCAAGACUCAUCCAUGGAGGACUUCAGGACCAGCUACCUCCGUCUCUGCAAGGAAAAUAGUUUGGAGCCGCAGCAGAGCGUGCUGAGUCGCUUGAGUCACACUAAGCAGGGCCAGACUGCAGUUGGCAAGAGUCCCCGUGGGACGCCGUCGGCUAAGGUGGCCCAGGGGAGCCAUGGUGCUGUGCUGGAUUUGUCGACCACAUCACUGACGGUGCAGACAUGCUCCGUGCUAGGUGCUGCUCUGGCUAAGGAUUGCUUAGUUGGGGAACUGCGGUUGUCUGACUGUAUGAUUGGCGAUGAAGGCUUCAAGCUUCUUGGGCAUGGACUGUGUUCCAAUAUAGCCAUCAGGAACCUUGAUCUGAAGGGGAAUAACUUGAGAGGGGCAUCGGCAGAGGCACUCGGGAACCUACUCCAGCAAAACCAUUCCCUAAGAAGACUGUGCUUGGAAUGGAACUCCCUUGGCCUGGACAGCGAUCGCUUUGCCUUCCUAGCCGAAGGGCUAGCGGCCAACAACAGUCUUGAGAUGCUGGAUCUACGCAACAAUCAGCUCAGUCAUGAUGGUGUAUCAGAGCUCUCCAAGGCACUGCAUCGGAACUGUGUACUCAGGUCAUUAGAUUUACGGUGGAACAAUAUUGGGAUAGUCGGGGGCCGUUCUAUUCUUGCCAUGCUGCAGUACAACAAAACAGUGACGGAAUUGGAACUAGCCGGAAACAACAUCACUCAGGACAUCUUGAAAGCAAUAGAUGUUGCUAGGCAACACAAUGUGGACAGAGCCAGCUUGACCAAUGAGCACGAGACCAGACAGAGCAUCCUGGCCCGGGAAAUCAAACAACUUCGAACGGAGAAGAAACAGCAGGCAUCUGAUCUACUGCAUAGGAUCGACCAGCAGAACGAGUUCCAAAGCAGGACCCACCGAGACACGGCCUACAAGAUCCACCAACUACAAGAGGCACUGGCGGAGAGAAAGUCAGCCUUCAAUGCCCUCAAUGCAAAAUUGUCCAAGACAGAAGCAGAGUUGGUACUGGCUGAGCAGAGGUCACGUGACUUGAGUGACUUGCUUGAGGUUUCAAGGAGGGAGAACUCAGUGCUGGUUGCUGGGCACCAGAAAGAGAUGCAGAUACAACUUGGGGACAAAGCAUCCUCAGAGAGCAAACUUCUGCACGAGAUCGCCUCCCUGAAAGAUCGCAACCUCCACCUGGAGACGAAAGCCGAUGAGCUGGAUAAACGAGGCCAGCAUCAACAGGACCAAAUCUAUGAACUCAAGGAGGAGCUGGCUACAAGCCACGCCCAGACCAAGCUUCAGGCCACCCAGGCUGAAGAGCGUCUCCAAAAUGAGAAACAGCGUCUACGAGACCAGCAGCGAGACCUGGAGCACCGGCACACCACCGAGAUGCAGCACCAGCGGGAGGCGGCGGAGGAGAGCGAGCGGGCCUACCGGGACCGCAUCAGCAAGCUGGAGGAGCACCGGCGGAUCCUGGAGGAGGAGAUGAGCAAGGCCAAGAACCAGCAGCUGACGGAGAGGCUAGCCCUGGAGGAGCAGAUCCUCAGCACCAGGCAGAGGGUCAAAGAGGAAGAGCAUCAGCGCAUGAAACACCUGGAAGACAAGAUCCGCCUACUGGCCAAUGCCAAGGACGACAUCCAGCAGCACCACUCCCAACAGCUGCAGACCAUAGCCGAGCUGCAGGCCAAGAACAGCAACGCCGCCCUGGAGGUGGAGUCUCUCAAACGCAGACUGGAGGAAAUCAACCAGGAGCUGGCAGGCAAGAACAACGAGCUGCAGACAGAAGUCAACAAGGUCAAGCUGAGUUGCAGCAAGCAGCUGAGCAAGAUGGAAGCCCGGGUGCAAGACGCAGAGUCGCUGCGAGAACGCUGCUCGGCACUGGAAUUGCAGCUGGCAGAGCAAACGAGGCGGCACCGCACCGAGCUGAUGGACCGAGACAACGAGCUGGAAGGCACGAAGGAGAAGAUGCGAUCCCAGGAGAUGGAUUUCUGCCGGAUGCAAGAGGAGGAGGCACAGCGGGCAGGGAUGCUGCAAGCCGCCAUUUCGGGCUACCUGACGACUUCCAGAACACCACUUUCCACACCUCGAAAAUAAAAACAAAUUGCCUUGGUGACACUAGGUACAGUCAUUUUGUGUCAGAACCAGCGUUGCAUUCCAGUCCAUCACAAGUCGCAUCACAAAUCCUUUCACAAGGCCAGUCACAAGUAACAGGGUGAACAAUGAGAAAAGAAUGCUUUUGUCACAGUUCUUUAGAAUAGCUUGUGAAUUGGCUUCCGAGAGGAUGACUCGUGAUGGACUUACGGGAACUUGCAGGGAUUUGUGAUGGACUCGAAUACAACACUGAUCAGACUACGUGUUAGGGUUCAGCUUGAAAGAGACGAUGGGCUUCAUGAUGGCCACAAUUGUAGGCGAGUCAGUCACAAGCCCCAGACAGGUUAUAGGCCGAGUUAUGACUAGGUAAGCAUUUUGGCACAAUUCGUUUGAACAUCUUUUGACAAGAUGACUUCCAGAGGAUUGUGAUAAAACCUGAUCACAGCUCCAUGUGAGCACUAAGGUACUUAUUCCGGAAGUUGUGGGUUCUACUCAUGCAUGUUCAGUGAUAAUCAUCUUGCCGGGCAACCAUUUUGUUUAUGCAGAAGUCGUACAAUCCAGACCAAAUUUUCCUUACAACAGAAUUUUCCGUAUCAGCCCUGAGGUGAGGUACACCCUCACUGGUGAAAGAAAGACAGACUAGUACGAAGUUUUCCGACCGGGUUCUUGCACACAUUCAGCGGGCAUGCAAAGACCAUACAUUCCAGACCAAAUUUGUCACUUGGACUCAACGUGCCCGACAUCAAACGCGCAUAAACUUGCGCGCCUAUGCGGUGAGUUCGUACCAAAGGUCCGUCAGUUUCAUUUAAAACCACGCCCUCUUUGGUUCUUGCUCGUGGCAGAUAGAGUACCAAAGUGUGAUGCCAUUUUGAAACACAGAGCAUAGUGCAGAUUAAUAGAGUACGUGCACGUUUUGGUUCGCAUGCAGAUUCUCACACGAGUGCCUUUCACACAUGUUAUUGUGCAUGUGAUAUUCUCACUUCGGUUGUCUCUAAAAUGUGGUCCUGACAAUACCUCUGACAUGAUUCACACAAACCUACACAAUGCCAUGGCACCCUGCAUCAUGUGGACUUCUUUUUUAGCAGAGGUCCAUGCUAUAUGUGCUAGGCCUGCACACUUUGCUCUGGUAAUGAAAUAAAUUUUACGAAUUGUAUUUGUGGUAAAACUGCAAAAACUCCUAGUUAAAUUACCCAUGGGAACACCGACAUACAAGACCUUUUUAAGUUAUGAAUUUUUUUACUUAUGUACAUAAUCACUGAUCACAUUGUAAAUAUUCUUUCACCAUUAAAGUAAAAUUUUACUCCAACAAAAUAUAGUGUCAAAAAAUUUGGCCGAUUUUUCCCCAAAAGGCCCUGAUGCUUCCACCUGCAAAACAUGUUUACUAUAAAUGUGCAGAGCACUGAUUUGAAAUGGUUUACCCUACACAAUGAUAUCUAUCUUGAGACCAUUGUAUAGCUGAAAUUGAACUUCCAAGUAUUGUCUUUGUGUGCUUUUGAUAAGUUGGAAUCAGCUGCAGAGGUAUUCAUGGUGGUUUUCAUUUCCUUAUCUUAAAUAAUGCACAGGAAAUGUUCAGUCUCUAAGUGUCUUGUACUCCAAGAAAUUGUCUGCAGCCAUUGCAAUAAAAUGAAAUCAAUAAAUAAACUCAGGCCCAAUUUAGAACUUAAUGUGGAGCUUCCAAAACCUUGAAGAGUGACAUGAUUGGGCGUUGUUACGUUCAGUUCAGAUCUGAUUAAUUGCCAACAUUUAUAUGAUAGAAUUGGAUAGCAAGAUUGACUUGAAGUUCUUUUGAUGAUAGUUGUACAAUCCUUCCAUGCCUGUGUCAAUGAUGCAUUCUGACAUUGUUAUUCCUUCUUAGAGGUCUUAGUUACCAUCUUGAUGCUUGGGUUUUAUAUUUCAUAAACUGUCCUGGUUCAGUUAAGUCUACUUGGGGACUUUUAUCAAGAUGUAACUGCAUUACUCUUUUUAUGAUAUCAAACCUUCCUCGGAACAUUUGUUGCAAGGAUCGUUGGCCAUCACAUCUUUAAAAAAAAAGGACUAUUGAAUUAUUGUGCCUCUGCAUAUGUUUACAGGAUUUCUGUCAUUUUAAAUGUUCCAUUCUCUUUGUAUAUGGUAUAAGACUGUAUAAGGUAUAAGACUGUGGAAAAAGAAUUAUCUUUUAUAGGAUGAGUGUGCUUCACCCUUCGCUUUGUCACAGUUGACAAAACGUCCAUGUUUAUUUACUGUGAAUGUCAUGAAUUACAUGAGUACUAUUUUCAGUGUGCUGUGGUCUUAAGAGAUUACUUUUGAAUGGAAUUUGUAAGUCUUUCGAUGAGUCUCUGUUUAUCUCAUAUGUGUUGUCAGAUUAAAGAGAGGGCUUGCAGUAGCACCAUGGGGAUAGAUCUGUUUUGGAAGAGGUAUGGUUCUGAUAAGAACCGUUGAGUGUGUACUUGACGUUUUGCAAAAAAAAAAAAAAAUGAGACAAUGGAAAAAUUUCUGGCCGGACCCUCCCCACACCACCAGAUAUAUUCCCGGAUCCACCUCUGGUCACUAUUGUCCAUGACCCAGUGAGUUCCCCCUUGGUCUAUGUGUAGAUUGGGUUUUUGAGGCCCUACUUGAUUUAAUUGAAAUAUUUGUCCAAGGUUUUUCUCCCUCUAAAACCGAACAUCUCAUUGUUUCCUCUACAGAUUUCCCUAGGAUGGUGAGCAACAUUGUCUUUGGCACUUUUGAGAUUUGGGUUACCAGAAAUAAAUGAAUAA